AUGUUGGACCAUCCUUGCUCCGCGGCCGUGGAGGAUGUCUUUGGCCCUACUGUAGCCCCGUCUUGUCUUCAUGGGUUCGAUUUCACCCUCCUGUUUGAAGAGACCAUUCUCACUCUUUUACCACUUGGGCUUGUUUGUUUGGCUGCAACUUGCCGUGUUUGGAAGCUUCAUCACGCUUCUGAAAAAGUCAAUCGGUCAUGGCUAAAUGCUGUCAAAGGGCUGUCAUGGCUGUUCCACGCCGCAUGCCAUGUUGCGUUGCUCAUCAUUUUCUUUCAACCGGAUACUCCCAAGACGAGAGCGACCAUAGGCACAACACUUGUAACUAUACUCACUUCUCUCCUUCUGCUUUGGUUGUCUCACCUCGAGCACCUUCGCACAUUGCGACCGUCAACAGUGCUAAAUGUCUUCCUCGGUUUUACUUUGCUAUUUGACCUUGCACGCCUCCGGACUUUGUAUUUCAUGUCCAAUCAACCCGUUACCAGUGUGUUUGCUAUCAGCUGGGUGAUCAAAAUAAUAAUUUUGGUUUUCGAAGCGACUGAGAAGAGACAAUUCCUCAAGAAAUCAUAUGAGAACAGCCCGAUCGAAUCCACCAGCGGUGUUCUGAAUCGAGCGCUAUUUUGGUGGCUGAGAGACGUCCUUUGGCGUGGAUCUAGAACCACAUUGACAGUGGAUAGCUUACCCUCUCUAGACCAUGAUUUGAAGAAUGCUUCGACGUCGCAAUCUCUCUUUGAGAAAUGGGACAAGGCCGACAAGUACCAAUCAAAUGCACUUCUGUGGACAUUUGUAUUCCACUACAAAUGGGCAUUCCUAGAAGGUAUUCUUCCUCGACUUGCAUACACCGGAUUCUGCUUCGCCCAGCCAUUUUUAGUGGAACGCGUCCUGGAUUUCAUGACGGAGCCAGAGCAUGUCAAUUCGAACAACUACGCUUAUGGGCUCAUCGGCGCCUAUGCUAUUGUGUACAUUGGCAUCGCAGUAUCAUAUGCCGCCUACGAGCACAAAACCUUCCGUGUCAUAACUAUGAUCCGGGGAAGCCUGGUCACCAUGAUCUUCAAUAAAACAUUGCGGAUGAGCACAUCAACCAUUUCUGACGCGGCAGCUAUUACCCUGAUGAGCACUGACAUUGAGCGCAUUGGGUUUGGUCUAAUCGAUAUGCAUGAGACAUACUCAAACAUCAUAGAGGUUGCAUUGGCUUUGUGGCUGUUGACAAGGCUUUUGAAUAUAGCGACAAUUGCAUCUACGGUAGUAGUUGUCGCUUGUCUCGCUGCUGGAAUUCCUCUGGCAGUUGUUUCAGGUAAUGCACAAGGAACAUGGCUUGAAGCUGUUGAAGAGCGCGUGGCGGUCACCUCAAAGGUUCUUGGGGUAAUGAAGAACAUCAAGAUGACGGGACUCACAGAGACCAUCUCCAGAAAUCUUCGAGAUCUUCGCGCUGCUGAAAUUGAAGCUUCCUUCAAAUAUCGAGUCUAUGGAGUCAUAAGGUUAACACUUGGGUAUUCUUCUACUCUGUUGGCUCCCGUGUUUGGUUUUGGGGCCUACACACUGCUUGCCAAGUUCAACGAUACAGCCACUCUUACAAACGGUGUAGCUUUUUCUGCACUGACGCUUUUCACAUUGCUGGAUCAACCAAUGAUCUCCAUUGUAGAUGGUUCAGAGGACGUCAUGGCAGUUGUGAACUGUUUCCAGCGCAUCCAAAAACACUUGUUGGAGAUAGAGAGGGCCGACUAUCGCUUAAAGCACGAAGCAGAUCAACACAGCGGAGCCCCGCUGAUUGAAGUUGACUCAUCUCAGAGCCAAAGAAACGAGCCUUGUGCUAUCAUCCGAAAUAUGUCUGCAGCCUGGUCAAUUGACGAUGAGCCCGUAUUGAAAGACCUGAACAUUGAUAUUCAAACAUCAAAGAUCACAAUGAUUGUCGGGCCAGUUGGAUGCGGCAAGUCCACUUUCUUGAAAACACUCAUGGGAGAAAUCCCAGUAUGUUCCGGCUCAAUCUCCACCAGCUUCGCCAAUGCGGCUUAUUGUAACCAGUCGCCAUGGAUUACCUUUGGGACCGUGCAGGAAAAUAUUGUCGGGGCGUCACCGUGGGACAGGACUUUGUAUGACCAGGUUAUUCAGUCGUGUGCUUUGCAGGUCGACCUUCAACAACUUCCAUUGGGUGAUAAGACCAAAGUUGGUGUUCGUGGAUCUCGACUGAGUGGUGGGCAGCAGAUGCGUGUGGCACUUGCACGAGCGCUCUAUUCAAAAGCGCCGAUUCUCAUUUUGGAUGAUGUUUUGACCGGUCUUGAUCAUCAAACAGAGAAACUCAUCCUAGAGCGUGUAUUUUCUCAGCAUGGUUCUAUUCAGCAGUCUCAUCAAACAGUCAUUAUGGCGACCAAUUCGGCACACCACCUCACUUACGCAGACCACAUCAUCGCGAUAGAUGAGAAUGGAAGAGUUCUCGAGCAUGGAUCUUAUAGCGAGCUUGUCAGUGCCAACGGCUAUGUCGGCACCCUCUCCGAGGUUUCUCAAUCAACCAGUACCACCCGAGCACCGGAUAUCGUGCUCGAUGACGAGACCCUUCAAGGAUUGAACUUAGAUGACGCUGAGGAGGAGGACUCAAGUCGAAGAACAGGUGAUAUGACUGUAUAUCGAUAUUAUUUUGAAAACAUAGGCUGGUCACUUUUGUCGGUGUUUCUUCUCACCUGCCUCCUAUUCGUGCUGGGUCUCAGCUUCCCACAAAUUUGGCUGCAGUGGUGGACUACUGAAAAUGAGCAACACCCAAAUGCGCAUGUUUGGUAUUGGCUCAGUGUAUACACUGCACUUGGUCUUUUCUCGCUUUUUACUACGUUCCUAGGCACAUGGAUUCUCGCCAUGGUUAUUCAGCCCAAGACAGCUCGCCGAUUCCAUGAGAUUCUCCUUCGUACAACAAUGGGGGCAACAACUUCGUUUUUGACUUCAACGGAUAUUGGAAACACCACGAACAGCCAAGAUCUCGAGUUAAUUGACGAGGAGUUACCCGAAACUCUGGAACUGACAGUCAAUUGUGCUCUCAGCUGUGUUAUCGAGGGUUUCCUCGUCUUCGCCGGAUCAUCCUAUGUCACAGCAGCGCUAGUCCCAGCGUGUGUCCUGGUAGUCUACUACGUGGCCAAAUUCUACGUCAAAACUUCUCGCCAAUUGCGACUCCUAGGAAUCGAAUCCAAGGCACCCCUCUUCUCUCAGUUCUUGGAAGUUCUUGGCGGACUUACAAGCAUCCGAGCCUAUGGCUGGAGCAAGGAAUAUCAGCGUCGCAAUUUAAUUGCUUUAGAUGCAUCGCAGCGCCCAGUCUACAUGCUCUACUGCAUCCAGCGCUGGAUGGGGCUUGUUCUAGAUUUGAUUGUGGCAUUCAUUGCGGUUGCAGUUAUUUCAAUUGCAAUUUCCAUGAGAGGAAGCCCGUCCAUGAACCUCUUGGGCAUUGCGCUCUUUAACAUUGUCAAUUUCAGCGGUACUUUGCAGUCAUUUGUGACGCACUGGAUUGGACUGGAAACCUCCAUUGGUGCUGUUUCUCGAAUUCGGUCAUAUGUGCAAAAUGCAACUACUGAGGAUCUGGAUGCUGAAACAGAGGCUCCUCCUGAAGAUUGGCCUCGGCAAGGCAGUGUUGAACUUUCUGGCGUUCUAGCUUCCUAUGAUUCCUUUUCAGACCCAGUACUGAAAGACAUUAGUCUUAGCAUUCUUCCUGGGGAGAAGGUCGCGUUAUGUGGUAGAACUGGAAGUGGAAAAUCCUCUCUGGUCUCAGCAAUGCUGCGGAUACUCGAGCUCAGCAAAGGCACCAUUUAUAUCGACGGUAUAGAUCUUUCCAAGGUUUCUCGAGCCCAUGUGCGAUCCAGAAUCAACGUCAUCCCCCAACAGCCAUUCUUUCUGCAUGGCAGCGUUCGGCUAAACUCAAACCCUGAGUCUAACGUGGAUGACGAAAAGAUCAUUGAUUCUCUUCAAGCAGUCAAUCUAUGGUCUUACAUUGAAUCCAAAGGCGGUUUGGAUGCUGAUAUGUCCGACGAUCUUCUUUCACAUGGACAGCAACAACUCUUCUGCCUUGCGCGUGCGCUGUGCAAGUCGAGUAGUAUUGUCAUUAUGGAUGAAGCAACUAGCAGUGUUGAUUCGGAGACAGACGCAUUAAUGCAAUCGGUGAUUCGGGAUCGCUUCAAAGAUCAGACCUUGAUUGCUAUUGCACACAAAUUGCACACAAUUUUGGAUUUCGACAAGGUUGCUCUCAUAGAAAGGGGUCAAGUUGUUGAGUUUGACAGACCACAGGUUCUUUUAUCAAGGGAAGGCUCGGCUUUCAAGGCUCUGUUUGACAGCUUUCACCCAAGCCCCAAGGAAUAG